CAACUUAUAUUUCCGGAUAGGUGUGCGAGUGGAGUUGGUGAAAUAACAAAGACAGCAACGAAGAUGUAAACUCAAAAUAUCUCGGAUAUACUGUAUCUUACUGUGUUUUAACUUAUACCCAACGUCAAACAAAAAAUAGGCCUGCUUCAGAGGGAAAAUACCUGUAAACAAUGUGAGUCGCUAAACUUAGGCUACAGCUCGCCUGGAAAGUGACAGCCGGCUGGCUACGGCGUGUGAAAUGUUUCGCCAAACCACGCAAUGGAGAAAAACUAUCAGCGAUGCAAUCAGUUUACACCAGGAACAAGCUUUGAACACAGUCAUUUAUAUCUUGAAUGAGUGCGGACCGACAGGAUUCCAGUUGAAGGAGAACGGAGGAGUCAUAAGCUUCAAAGUCUGCCUUGGAGACACCCACACAUGUACCUGCCCAACUUUCCAGAAAGAAAAGGAACUAUGCAAACACAUUUGUUGGAUUUUGUUGCGGAAAUUUAGAUUGCCAAGGGACCAUGAAUACUGCUACCAGCUGGGCCUGGGGGAGAGGCAGAUUGCGGAGGUGCUGCGGGGCUCUCUUGGCGUCAAGACUCCUCGCGCCACCACGCGAGAUCCGCUGGCCACCACCGAAGAGGCGCAGAGCCAGCGGAGCCUGGCCGAGGAGGACGGCAGCCUCCGGCAGAAGGAGAUGGAGGAGGACGACGUGUGCCCCAUAUGCCAGGAGGAGUUCUUCAGCAAACACCUACCUGUGGCCCACUGCAGGUAUGGGUGUGGCAACAGUGUCCACAUCUCGUGCAUGAAGAUCUGGGCGGACCACCAGCCCCGCUCGGAGAACGACACCAAGGUCAAAUGCCCCCUGUGUAGGGAGGACUUCGGACCAGCCGCCCUGCUACUGGAACAGGCCAGAAAUGCAUGCAGGCUCCAGACCUCAUCUGAGAAAGAACCUCUGAACAAACAUCUUGGAAUCAUUUGCAACAACUGCCGAAUCCUGCCGAUUACCGGGAAGUGCUAUAAGUGCGCCACUUGUAAGUUCUAUCACCUGUGUGAGGAAUGCAUGAAGAUGGGGGCACACGUGGACCACGGCUUUGGCGUUCGCUUGAAAAGGUCUCAGCAGUGGCUACUGGUGCAUCAGUGUGAUUUGGAGGGCAGAAAGGAGCAUUGCGAACAUCAGAAUGUGUUGGUGGUAAAGAGUGAGCCUGUUCCUGAGGCGGUCCUCUCUGCUCUGCCCAUGGUGCGGGUUCGAGAGGGCUGUCGGCUGCUGGGGGCCGGUAUGCAGUGUCGCAUCUGCCUCAGGGCCUUCACGAUCGGACAAAAGGCACGCCACCUCCCCUGCCACCACAAGUUCCAUAGGGAGUGCAUUGACCCUUGGCUCCAGCAGUCCAACUGCUGUCCCCUGGACGGCUAUGCCAUCUACAACCCCCUGACGUGGGCCUGCUCGACUGGCGUCCGGGUGCUGCCUGCUGUUGCCGUACCAACCUCCAUGCGGGCCAGGCACUCCCUCCACGACCCCUGCAAUGACCUCUUUGUGCCCGGGGUCAGGCUCAAGGACAGGACGACGGAUGCAGCAGCGGCGCCAGCACCCAUCCUGCGCGUGGAUUCGUCCGAGAGCGCGUGCCUGGCCCUGCCGAAACGUCUUGCCUUGGGACGACCUCUGCCCAUCUCUGCCGUCGUCAGCGCCAGUGUCCGUGCCGCCGAUGCCACUCAGGAAUUGUCCGUCAACAGUGUGGCCAUCGAAUAUGGUGCCCGGCGGACCAGUGACACGGAGCUGUUGACACAUGCCUCUGCCCACACUCCGACCCGGGGUGGAUCCAGGCCCGGAGCCGGAGGCGCCCUGGUGAGGUGCCGCUCCGUCAUCCUGGCGCCCAUCACGCACCAGCUGGUGAGAGGGAGUGGGCUCAGUGGCUCCACUGCCAUCCGGCCCAAUGCACAACCACUGGUACCACCACCACCACCUCCAGCACUCAGGAUCAGCUCCAGACAGAAACCGAGCACCAGGAGCAGGACUAUGGCGGGGCCCCACAAAGCAGCGACUCAAGCCCCGUCGGGAGACACCUACGCUGAGCUGUACGUGGGAGGCAGCCCCCUGGUCAGUGGUGGGAGCUCCAUGGGUAUUGGGGGCGGUAGUCCUCCUGGGGGUGUUCGAGUGACGCCAAGGAGCGGCGCGCCACGUAAAUUCCGACCCCUGAGGAAGUCCAGGUCUACCCUCGGACCACCAGGGGGCGUGAGUGAGAUGACGCUGUGGUUGGACGGGGUGUAUCUGGCUGGCUCAAACACACAGAAGAACUAGUGUUUGUUUUUACAUGCAGAGACAUACCCACAGCUGUGAAUCUGUGAAGCACUUUUCAUAUUGCAUAUUGUUAAGGAUAACCAAAAGUUUUAGUUUGUUUUGAAAUAUCUUAUAAUGAAAAAGAUUAAUAAAUACAGUGAAGACAGGUA